AUGGAGAUUUCAAGUCCAAAUCCCCAAGGUGCCUCCUACGCCAUCAAACGUCGGCCUGUACCAGUAAGCCGUCGCCCAGCGCCGCAGAACUCGUCACUACCGUCGCCAAUUUCACCAGUUUCACCGCCAUUAGAUUUGGUUAGCAAGGCUUCGGUGCUUGAGUUUCAUACAGUAGACCCAGUCCUUAAUGCUCGGCGUUUUUCAAGUGGUUCUCCCGCAAAAUCAGACGGCCAGGGCGUCCCCAGCACCGUUGAUCCGGGCCUCCCAAGUCCACCACCGUCUGUGAAUGUCUCGCUGAUGCAAAAUGGCCGACAUCAUAAUCGGCCGGACUUCUUCGUUCCGCUUCCCCCAGCUUUGGUUUCGUUGCCAACACCCCCUCCGUCUGCCUCGGCGCAUCCUCAUCCGUACUUCCCACCACCACCACCGGACACCUCACGCCCAGCGGUGGCGUCCGUCUCCGACGCGACCACAACAAACUGGUCUGUGUCUCCGACUCAUAUCCAGGUGCAAAAUGAGUCUUCGCCCGUGCAACGAUCUUCUUCCUCGCACAUCAAAGGGCCGUUGCAGAUGCCCGCCAGUGAAACCAUCAAGGAACGCCAAGCCCCGCAAUCAAUUCAUCAUCUAGAACAACGCGUGUCACCAAGAGCCGAGGCACCUGUUCCAUCUCUGCCUUCAAGUCCGCGGUUAUCGUCGGAUCCAUACUCGUCUCCAAGACCUCUUUUCUCGACUGUGGCCUCGCAUAACUCCAGGCGGCUGUCCACCUGGAGCAAGGAGGCAACUGACAGGUACUGGAACAAGGAGACCGCGAGAAAAGCUUACAAGAACAGCAAGGAGUUCUUGCUGAAAACCAACGAUGUGCUCGGCAAAGUCAUCGAUCCCCUUAUGCCUGCGAUCGCAGCCGUGCAUCCAGACUUCGCGACCGUGUACCAAGCCGGCCAGCUGGUCGCUCAGAACUCGGCCGCCGCCAACGGCGCCGCGGUCCCCGGCCAGACGACUGCGGCUGGCGGCCUCAACAGCCUGAUGCCCUUGGUAGGAGCCUUGGCUCAGGUGGCCGUCAACAACACCAACAAUGCUGACGGCCCUGGCGCGGAUGCCAGCCCAUUCCUGGCGGCGCUCUCUCAGUCGACAGGCGCGGUGCCCUCGAUCGGGGGUUUGGCCUUGGGCGCAGAUGCCAACGUUGCGCAGAUCCAGAGCUAUAUCCAACAGCAAGCCGACGCGUCCACAUCGUCCUUGCUUGGGAUUCUUCAGGGCGCCUCCUCGCAGGGCGGUGGUGUAGACACCACGGCGCAGAUCCAGAGCUAUAUUCAACAGCAGGCCGACGCGUCCACAUCGUCCUUGCUGGGGAUGCUGCAAGGCACGUCGUCGCAGGGCGGUGGUGUAGACACCACGUCGCAGAUCCAGAGCUACAUCCAACAACAGGCCAACGCCUCCACGACGUCUCUGCUGAACACCUUGGCCGCCUCACAGGGUGCUUCCGCCCAAGGCGGAAUCGGCGAUACAAACGCAGCAGUACAAUCAUAUAUUCAACAGCAGUCGAGCGCAUCCAUCGCGUCCCUAUUGAAUAAUAUCAACGGUGCACAGGGCAACCCAACACAGAAUGGGAUUUUGGAUGCCCUGGCUGCCGCACACUCGGGCCAGGGCUCCUCGGUCCAGAUCAUGAACUCCUUGCUCGAGCAGCAGCAAGCAGCAGACGCCGCGGCGCUGGCAAACCUGGCGGCAUAUGAUACCUCCCAGCCAGUCAACGUUGGCGCAGAAGCGCAUACGGAUCCGGGAUCCGUACCGGCCAGCCACCACGAUGCCAACCACGAUGCCAGCCCGAACGCCGACCAGGGAGGAGGACCUCCUGAGCCGACAGCCUGCGAGUUGGCGACAGAGAUGCUUCUGGGAACCUGGAGGUGGGAAGACGAGGCGCCGCUGAUCGACCUGGGCGAGGCAUAUGUUUCUGAGCAGAAGGAGUUCACGUUCGCGGCGGACGGCCAGUUCACAUAUACCCGGAUCACCGGUCCGGCCCGGGGUGAUCGGGCGACGGGCGCGCGGGACGGUGUUGGUGGCCAGUUUCGACUGUGUGAAUCCGACGAAGGCGUGAUUCACCUGGCGGUCUUGGACGAUGUUACUCAGGAAGUGGAGGUGCAGCCGAUCGAGCUGAGCCAGAUGGUCUUGGUGGUCAAUGAGAAGACAUAUUAUAAGUCAGGCGAGUCUGCGACGCCUGGUAAUGUCAGCGUAGACGACCUACUUUAG